UUCACCUUUGAUUUUUAGCAACUUCCGUAUUUACGCGGGAAACUUGACUUCCGUGUUUACUUUUUUUGCAAUCUUUUUCCGCCGAAGAUAAUAUUCAACCAGCGUCAAGAUGACAAGUUUUGUCUCAGAAGAGGAACUUGCAGACGAGUUUUCAAUGUUUGGCGUUGAGUUGUCCAGUGAAGAGAUCAUUGCCAAAUUGCAAGAGCUGUGCACUAUGCACAGGCUGGAUGCUGGUGGCAUGGUAACUGAGUGGAUGGCGUUUGCUCACUCCAAGAAAAAUCUCACCAUUGAGAUGGAUGUUCUGGAACAAUUUGAACGCGAGAGAUUGUCAAAGAGGCAUCAGAAGACUCCGAAGACAAUAAAGAAGGAAAACGGACCAGUUAUCCAUAGCAUUGACUCUCUGCCGAUGGAUGUGGAAGGAGCAGAAGAACUAUACAGUGCAUACGGUGGCAAAACUCCUACGUCAAAAAUAUCAAACAAGAGGCAACACACACCAGAAAAUGCCCCCCUCAAACGCUUCACCGGGCCCAACAGGAGUCCUGCUGCCCCUUUCAGCCCAGCUAGCUUCUCACCGGCCAGUACUACUCCAGCCAAAAAGUACAUCUCUCGCACAAAUAGUGGCGAGGUUGUGGCUUCUGAAGGGAACACAAAUGACUUUGCCUGGCAUGGGUCGGGCAAGGAGGUGAAAAUUGAAAGCUUCAUACCAGAACAGACUGUGUCAAGAAAAUUCAAGUACAUGUUUCAGAAGAUGUCGGAUAAGCGAGAUGUGCUGAAUGACUUGAUAGAGGACAUGGCUGACCACCUGCAGAAGGUUCACAAUAUCGAGGAGUUCUCCCACGCAGUUCUGCCUACGCAGGAGGAGGUUACCGUGUGUGGCCGGGUGUGCUGUGACAGCAACGGCAAACUCAAUGCUAAGUCUGUUGUGCUUGAGGGAUCCAUCGAUACGUCUGCGGGAAAGGUGAUCCCCCUGGAUGUAUCACAGCUCAAGGAGUAUGCACUGUUUCCUGGGCAGAUUGUCGCGCUCACCGGACAUAACAGCACGGGGCAGAAGUUUGUGGCAAAUAAGUUGUUUGAGAGUGUUGCGCUACCUCUCCCAGACUGCCCUGAGGAAGGUUCCAGUGGGCGACUAACCCUGCUGGUGGCUGCUGGCCCCUUCACCACCUCGGACAGUCUCUCUUACGAGCCCUUCACCGACCUUGUGGAGCAGAUACGCCUUAUGAGGCCAGACGUCUGCAUUCUGAUGGGCCCAUUUGUCGAUGGCAAAAAUACAGAAAUAGAGAAUGGAAAUUGCCCUGUGUCCUAUGAUGCCAUAUUCCAUGCCAAACUGGAAGAGAUUGCAAAUGCAACAGAAAAUUUAAAUGUUCAAAUGGUGUUGAUAUCUUCAUCACGGGAUCUUCAUCAUGACCCUGUGUAUCCAACACCACCAUAUCGACUGGAAAACUUCAGGCACAAGCAUGUAAAAUGCUUCUCUGAUCCUUGUACCUUGAAGAUCAACGACAUCGUGUUUGGUCUCACAUCAACAGAUGUUAUGUUCCACUUAGGAAAUGAAGAGAUCGCUUUUCCCUCUGGUAGUGACAGACUAGGUCGUCUGACUCAACAUCUGCUGACACAGCAUAGUUACUACCCUCUGUGCCCACCAAACGAGGAAAUGUGUGUCGACUUUGAGAAAUUUCAGACCACAUGUUUUCUGCCCACAACCCCGCAUGUCCUUGUGGUGCCAUCGGAAUUUAAACAGUUUGUCAAGGACAUAAAGGGCUGUUGCUGCAUCAAUCCAGGUCGCUUGACUAAGGGACUCACUGGCAGCACAUUUGCCAAGAUUGCGAUUCAAACAAAUAAGCUUUCCAGUAGACAGUCGCUUGUUAAAAACAUAACUGCUCAGGUCCUUAGAAUAUGAUGCUACUUGAACUGUUUUUUUCCUGUGUGUGUGAUUGUUUCCAUCAGUGAAAUAUGGAGAUAUUGCGUGUUUUGUGUUCAAUGGUAAGCUACUGUGGUCAUCAUCAUCUGCUGUCACACGUCUGUUGUGUUGGGUCAUCAUUUUACCCCCUCUGAAAUUUCUUGUUGGAGUAUGACCAAUACUUGAUGAUAAUUUGUCUUGAUGGUCCUUGACUUAAUUGUUUUCUACCAAACAGAUGUCUAUUAAAAUAUGACCGCCAUGGCAAACAAAGCUGAAUUAAAUGUACUAGCAAACUUUGAAAAUCUUUAAAUCUGAAAAAUUGAGAUUAAUUUCAAAAUGCUAUUCACAGAAAUGUUUAAAGUCUAAACUUCUAGCAAAUUCCUGAAAAAAAUAUUUUGAAUUGUUAUGAAAAAAAACUUGCUUCAAGGCAGUUUUGGUGAUCUGACGUCUACCAAAUUCCAAAUAAUUUUGAUUAGAAAAACGUGGCUUCCAGGCAGGGCUGAGAUAUCCUCAGGAGUAACUUGGCUAAUUUGAGGACAUUUAACAUUUUAAGAAAUUAAUUAAUUAAUUUUAAAAUAACUAAGAAAUGUUGCUAGGGUGACCCUCUAUAAGUCCUAUGAGUUAUUCUGAUUUGUUAGAAAAUAUGUCACUUUUCCUUGUAUUGUGGGUUAAAACCUUUGUGUACAUCUUUGAAAAUGCUUACAGACUUUUACUCUAGACUACAGAUAUAUUCCUUGGAUGAGCUGGUAUCAAAUACUUAUUUUUAAAUAAUACAUAUAUUAUUUAAUUAUUAAGCCCCCUUUGAAGAAGUGAUAUUGGGGUCACUAGGUCAAUGGCACAAUAAGUUUGAAAAUCAUUUCUGAUCAAUAACUCAACAAAUUGACCUAUUGGCUUGAUACUUGAGAUGUGCAUUGGCCUCGGAUAGAAGAUGACCCAUAUUGAAUUUGGGGUCACUAGGUCAAAGGUCACAAUGAGUGUGAAAAUAGUUUCUGAUCAAUAACUCUUUAACGAAUUGAAUGAUUGGCUUGAUACUAAAGAUGUGCAUUGGCCUUGGACAGUAGAUGACCCCUAUUGAAAUUGGGGCCAGAAUGGCGAGUUCAAAGCCCUGUUUGGUGGGCAUGUCUCCGAAGGCGGAACUCUUGUUUUGAUGUGUGAAACAAACAACCAUGGGGCAAUAUAACUGUUCUAAUAUAUAGAUAUAAAAAACCAACAUUUCAGGCUUCUGAAAUGAUUUCGAAAGUACAUGUACUUAUAUUCCUUACAAGAUAAUGCUAGGGGUAUAUUUUAUUUUGUUCAAACUGUAGUGCUCUAAAUGUAGACAUAUGAUGGCACUGUUAUUGUAGUGUUAUUUAUUGUAAAUAUCCUGUUGUAAAUGUGUAAUCAGUAAAACAACUGAAAUAAAGGAUUUUAACAACCUG